AUGUCUGGAAUCACUGGAUCCCAGCCGCAAGAGACGGAGGAGCAUACUUCGCUAUUAGCUCCAUCUUCAACGAGACGUAAGUAUUUUAAUUAUGACUAUCAAUCUACGACACCCGUUCAGAGGAAAGUUUCCUCCAAAUAUGAUCCUGAAAAUCCUAAUAAGGAUAAAUUAGGUACUUAUGAUGGUGUCUUUGUUCCGACAGCUUUAAACGUUUUAUCAAUUUUAAUGUUUCUUAGAUUUGGAUUUUUAUUAGGACAGCUUGGUCUAAUAUGUGCACUGGGAUUUUUGAUUUUGAGUUAUGCCAUUAAUCUCUUAACAACGUUGAGUAUUUCUGCAAUUUCAACAAAUGGUACGGUUAGGGGUGGUGGUGCAUACUAUAUGAUUUCGAGAAGUCUGGGACCUGAAUUUGGUGGAGCGAUUGGAUUAGUAUUCUUUUUAGGCCAAGUCUUCAAUGGUGGUAUGAAUGCUGUUGGUGUUAUUGAGCCAAUUCUUUACAAUUUUGGCCAUUCAUUACCGUAUGAACCACCUGCCGCUAUUUGGGAGAUAUUACCAAGGGGCAGAUGGGUGGAAUUUGGAUAUGCCACUGUGAUUUUGUUACUUUGUCUAGCUGUGGCUCUCGUUGGAUCUCAAACAGUUUCAAGAGCUGGUAACUUUUUAUUUUGUAUACUUGCCACUUCCACUGCAUUCAUACCAAUUUCAACUUUAAUAAUGAAACCUUUCCAACAUGGUGAUAUGAUUUAUACUGGUCCAUCUUGGGAAACUUUUAAAGGUAACCUUCUACCGCAUUUGACUAAAGGUGCUGCAGGAUCUCUUUUAAAAGGUAAAGAAACGCUUAACGAUUUAUUUGGUAUUAUGUUCCCUGCAACUGCCGGUAUAUUUGCAGGUGCUGGUAUGUCAAGUGAACUGAGGAAGCCAUCUAAAUCAAUUCCUAAGGGAACACUUUGGGGGUUACUUUUCACUUUCAUCUGUUACACAUUUGUUGCCAUUUCAAUGGCAUCUUCCAUUCCAAGACAAACUUUUUACAGAGAUGUUCAGGUAAUUCAAUCUGUCAGUGCCGGUCCUUGGAUUAUUUUAAUGGGGGAGUUGGCUACUUCUUUAUUUUCUACUAUCAUGGGACUCGUCGGUGCUGCUUAUGUACUGGAAGCCAUAGCAAAUGAUAGUAUCAUUCCAGGAAUAUCAAUUUUCCAUAAGAAACCGCUGGCGGCUCUUUUGUUCACUUGGGCUUUAACUCAAUCAUGUUUGUUCUUAGAUGUGAACAAGAUUGCUGUCUUUAUUACAAUGACUUUCCUAAUGACAUUUGCAGUCAUGAAUUUAGCAUGUUUCCUUUUAGUGAUUUCAUCUGCCCCCAAUUUUAGACCAUCUUUCAAAUAUUUUGAUAGAUUCACAGCAUUUACAGGUGCUUUAAUGUCGACAGCAGCAAUGUUUGUCGUUGAUGGUAUUUCAGCAUCUGCUGUCAUAUUAGGGAUGACUAUCCUGUUCAUUGUGAUUCAUUACUUAUGUCCACCAAAACCGUGGGGGGACGUAUCUCAAAGUUUAAUCUAUCACCAAGUGAGAAAGUAUUUGUUAAGAUUAAGACAAGAUAAUAUCAAGUAUUGGAGACCUCAAAUUCUUUUGCUAGUGGAUAAUCCUCGUACCAGCUGGAAUUUAAUCAAGUUCUGUAACAAUCUUAAAAAAGGUGGUCUUUACAUAUUGGGACACGUUACGGUUACUGAUAAUUUCCAGGAGCAAUUCCAGGAACUAAGAAAACAACAAAAGGCUUGGAUGUCUAUCAGAGAACUUACUAAGAUUAAGGCAUUUGUACAAAUUGGAACGGGCCCAAGUUUACCUUGGGGUGUUAGAAACGUCUUUCUGGGUUCAGGUCUUGGAGGUAUGAGACCCAAUAUUACAGUUUUAGGAUUUUUCGAUUUGAAACAUCACCACGAAGUUUCUGGUAAUGAAUCAAUUAGUAGUCAAACUAAUGCGGCAAAUUGGGGCGAAAGACUACCAACUGAUGAUUGUAAAAAUGAGAACAAGAUUAGAGUACAACAGUGGGUAGAAAUUCUGGAAGAUUUAUCGUUGAUGCAUUCAAACAUCGCUAUUGCUCAUGGGUUUCAAAAAUUGAAUACGGAUGAAUUAAACAACCAGGAAGAGCCAGAAGAGAAAAAAUGCAUUGACCUAUAUCCCAUUCAGAUGUGUGCUAAGAUGAAAGUACAAAGUGAUUCCCCCUCUGUCGUUACAACGAACUUUGAUACAUAUACUUUGAUCUUACAAUUGGGGGCUAUCUUGGUGACAGUGCCUGAAUGGAAACGUACACACAGAUUGAGAGUUAUACUGUUUGUGGAAAAGCAUUUGGAUAGAAGUGAAGAACUCCGGAGGAUGCAAAACCUAUUGGCCGUUUUAAGAAUCGAAGCUGAAGUCUUGGUGGUGGCGCUAGAUCAGUUCAGAGUCUAUAAUACGAUUGUCAAAGGUGAUCCAAUAAAUUUCGAGUACGUAAAUUCAGUCUUGAAAUAUGAUUCCUGGUGGCAAGAUUUGGUCGAGGCUAGAAACACCUUAAAACCUAAACGUAGGUUUUCCACUAUAGAUACCCUUCAAAAUAAACCUGUGAAUGUGAAGCCACAACCGCAGAAAUAUAAGUUAUCAAAGCUACAGAGGCUUGGCGUUAGCUUUACAAUGAGCUCAAGUAUGCCACAUAACGCUUCUUUCCUCAGUGACUCCUUAGACGAUGACACUGAAGUCGGAUCCAUCCGAGAUACUUCCCCAUCAAUACCUCCUAUGAAAGAUAGAAUUAACUAUGAACAUACAAGAAGAAGAAAUAACAAUAGUGGGAGAGUUAUCUCACCAUCCUAUCGUAAUGUCGAUGAAAUCAACAAGAACGCAUCAAGGCCUGUAUUUUCCAGUAACAAAUUGCCCAAUACAAAAGUCUUGGAAGAUCAAAGCGGUGAUAAACCAACCAUUGUACCAGUAAUGGAAAGUACGUCUUCCACUAAUGAAACAGGAACCUCUAGACAGCAAGGUUUGUCAGAUUUAUCACGCAACUAUUCCGGUGACAGUUUAGUGACAUCCAUGCAGAACCUAGUAUUUAACGAUUUACCCAGUAGGGCUCAACAUUUGAUUUUGAACGAUAUGAUGUCACAAAUUUCAGGAAACUCAGAUUUGAUUUUUUCCACUUUACCAAUCCCACCUUUGGGUACACAUCAGGAUGAAGAAGCCAGCUUAUGCUACGUCGAAGAUCUUCACACAUGGCUUCAAGGACUACCUGCGGCAAUGUUAAUUAAUUCACAAACCAUGACUGUCACAACAGCUUUAUAG